AAGGUAGGAUGUGUGUAAAGGCCCUAUUCAUCGAAAUGGUACGGGCCAAUUUUGUGAUGUAACACGUGACAUGUCGGAUGGGCUGGGUUACAACCAAAUGUAUUGAGAAACAUGGCAGAGAAGAAUAAAGAUAAGAGUGAGGAGACCUUUGAAGUCAUGGACGUAGUGGAGUAUGCCAAGAAACAGAGAUGGUGGAACAAAAUAUUUGGCGAGAACUCUGGGCCCGUAGCAGAGAAGUAUAAUGUUGCCACCCAGCUUGCCAUUGGUGGAGUGUCUGGCUGGUGUGCAGGGUAUUUGUUCCAGAAAGUUGGGAAGCUGGCAGCUUCGGCAGUGGGUGGAGGCUUCUUUUUCCUUCAGAUUGCCAAUCACACAGGAUACAUCAAAGUGGAUUGGAAGAGGGUGGAGCGUGAUGUAAACAAUGCCAAGAAGCAGCUGAAGUUGAAUGCAGAAAAGCCCACUAAGGAAGUCAGGACAAAAGUGGAUGAGGUGCAGACAUUUGUGAAGAAGAAUAUUAUCCUCACAGGAGGUUUUGCUGGGGGAUUUCUGCUGGGCUUGGCCUCUUAAGAGCCUCUCAUUUCGGUCUUUACUUAAUAUUUUUUGUCUCAUACAAGGCUGAAAACAGCUUAAACCUAAGCAGCUAUCUAGAUAUGUAAGUAGACUCCAUUGAUAUCAUAUGUCAAGCAAAUUCAUAGGCUUGGUGGGUUUUGGGGCAUGUGUCAAUUUGAAAACAGCCUUUUAGAUACUAUGUCUGUGGUUAACGUUUAUGCAUGGUCUAUGCACAUAUGGCAGGAGCAUUGGCUUUAAUUUUUCUAUGGGUUGUUUUGGUAUGGUACUUAUUUGAGAGAUUGUUCGGAUCCACUUCAAUAGUUUUAUCUGUAUGCAUUCAGAUGGAACUCAGGGUUCUCCCCAGGAUUUUUUUUAAACAAUGUGUUUCUGCUGAGUAUGGCGGGGGGUGGCCCGGAGGGGUGUAGUGCCCCCCUUUGGACUCAGUUUAUUUAUUUAUGACGCACCUCUAACUGCCAUUUCCUGCAAUCUAGAGAAAAAAAUGGCCUAUGAUACAUAGUGGAUCAGCGCCUCUUACAUUCUUUGGGGAGAACCCUAGAACUGGAGCAAAGCCCUUUAACAUGUUUUGUAACAUCCUUCAUUUUCUAAGUUAAGAUCAACAAGGUUGUUAUGUGUUUAAAUGUUACUUCAAACCGAAGGGUUUGAGUUAAAAGCAUGUACAUGUAUGAGUAAAUAUUGUAUGACAGGACUAGGCCACAAUAACGCAAGUUUGAAUGGUAUUUGAAGUUAUAUUCUUACCUGAAAAUCAGUGACAUUUCAAAGUAUAACUCAAAGAAAAUCAUGGGUGCAUAUUAACCGUCCCCAAUAGUAUUGACUUAUGCAGUGCAGGAGGUUGCGUGUGAUGUAUUUAUUUGAGACCAAGGAGUGAGACGGCAAGACUGGACAUAUGAUUUGGCUUUCUAAUUCCCUGCUUAAGAGUGAGGCGUGUCAUGUGUGUAAGUACAGGCUGUGCGCAUUAUCAAAGCUAGGGGGUAUUCAUUAUUUGGAUUCUGUUGUAAAAUGUAGUGCAACGGAACCUGUUUACUCCAAACAGAAAAUGUUUUGCAGUGAAAACAAGUUUGUUCUUUCUGAAAAAUUCAGGUAGGUUCUGUUUGCUUCCUCGUAAAUGUUUUUUGUUGCAGAGCUUUUUGCAACAAUCAGGCUAAUGAAUACACCCUUGCCUAACAGCAUACAAGGCUUCUGUUUCACAAACAACUAUGGACAAUUAUGAAUGUAAUACAUGGAAGAUAUCAAUAGCCAUUUGUAUGGAACAUAUGGGAUGACAAAUACACUGAUAGAUAUUAGUUUGCUCUAAUUAUUUCUCCAAUGUUUGUUAUUCUCAAUGCAACCCUUGCCUAAGUACUUAGCAUUAGGAAAGUGUAAAAUGUGCUGUCAAAAGCUUUAAUAGUAUUUUUCACUGUUAAAAUGCUACAUUUUGUUACAAGCUAAAUGUAUCAUUCUGGGAGAAGUAAUCAAGUGAAUUGUCUUUUAGAAUGAUUUUGUUUGAGUUUUACUGACUGCGUCCUCCUAGGAUAAUUGACUGUCAAUAUAAACAACUCUAUUACAUUACAACACGGAUGGGCAACUCCAGUCCUCGGGGCCUGAGUGGUGUCACACAUUUACCCCGGCUAACACAACUGUGACACCAAUCAACUAAUCAUGAUCUUCAGUUAAAAAUGUAAUUAGUUUAAUCAGCUGUGUUUGCUAGGAAUGGGUUAAGUGUGUCAGCACUCUGGCCUCCAAAGACGGGUGUUGCCAAUCCCUACAUUAGAAGCAUUGUCAUUAUAUUCUACAGUUUCAAGUGUCCGCAAUCAUGUCAGGAUGCAGUAGGGCUUUUAGGCUCUGUUGACUUCUGUUCCCUCACAAACCCUAAACUAUCAAAAUAGAGUGGCACACUCCAUAUAUAAACUCCCAGUAAAUUAUUGGGUAUUUACCAACAUUUUGGCAUCACUGUGCCUUUGUCAGGCUAAUGUCAUGAAUACUUGAACCAGGUUAUGUAGACAGUGCAAUUAGUGUAACCAAUGACAAUAGUGAGGGGUGUGUCAUAAUGAUUAAGUUAAUUAGUGAAACUACUCAACAGUUUAUGGCAUAUUAAAUAUUAGGCUAUUAUCAUAUAGACACAUAAUUUAAUAUUGUGCAUAAUAUUAGCAUCAACAUACAUUGUUUUGUAUUUGAUAUGUUACAUGUAGUCUUUUGGUUCAACCUUAAUGCAUAAUAAGCAUCAUCAACAGUGGGAACAUAUUAGGUGUACGCUAAUAAGCUGUAGAAAGAAUAUACAUUUGAGACUUGUUCAUAUGCAAACCCUGAGCAGCAGACUUCUCACCUGCAUGCUCACAGCACAUCUGCAUAGCUCUUAUCACAUCACCGCACCUGCUCUCUCUGUACUUGUUUGCCUGGAAGAAAAACACAGUGGGCCAAGUUAAUGUAAUACAUGAAACCCAAUCAGAUAUCAAAACAUUUAUUCACAUCAUAUAAAUAGGUAGAUAAUGCUGUGGAGGGGGGGCCUACGAGGGUUUUAUAAAUAAGCAUCAACCAGAGGGUCUUGCGACGGGUACACAGAGAUGACCAGUUUACAGAGGAGAAUAGAGUGCAGUGUCCGAUAAGGGCCAUUUUUGGACAUAAUUCAUUACGUGGACAAAUAUUAUGACCCAUUAACCACCAGUAGAUAUUACAAUUAUAGAUGUUAAACUCAUGAUUUUAUACCUGUUCUUCAAGACUUACACAAUAUUUGCUGCAAACGUCUCCGGAAUCCCGGGUGUUUACUCAAAUGUCGUCCGACUGGAUUGGCUGCGCUACGGACUUUGCUGAUUAAAUUGCAGAAUAAUAAUUAUAUUAUUUUGUUUGUCUAUAAAUGUAUUGUUUUUGUGGAUAACGCACGACUAUAAAAAAGUGUACGCUUUUGAGCGCUAAGUGGUAAUAGUUUGUUACACUAAUGUAGGUAGGACCACAGACUUUACCAGCCUCUUGGCAACAACGGAAUAUUGUUUCUGUAACAAGUUUUGAUAGAAAAGUCGCUGACAAGCUACCUUUAGCUUGUGAAGUUUGAGGGAUAGCUUGUAGUAAUUGAUCCUAUUUUUUUUUGAGAACAAGACCGUUAUAGUACUAUAACAUGGCAGUGAGCGCAGUUCACCUCGAAUCAGAUGCUUUUUUGGUUUGCAUGAAUCAUGCAUUAAGUACCGAGAAGGAGGAAGUAAUGGGACUCUGCAUCGGGGAGGUGGACACCAACCGCAUCGUCCACAUUCAUUCUGUUAUUAUUCUCCGACGCUCGGACAAGAGGAAGGAUCGCGUGGAAAUUUCGCCUGAGCAGCUGUCUUCAGCGGCAACCGAAGCGGAGAUAUCCUUUGUGCGAUGUCUCAUUCAAUAACUUAAAUCUCUGUCUUCUGGUGGUGCCUUGCAGGUCAGUGUGACAUACUCCGUGACAGAGAUGUCAGUGUGACAGAUAGCGGUAUCAUAGAAUUCCUGAGGCCAUUGUCUCAUUUUGAUCAUCAAUUUCCUUAGUAAGAGCUACAGGUUGGCUGAAAUGACUGGACGGCCGAUGCGUGUAGUUGGUUGGUACCACUCUCACCCCCACAUCACUGUGUGGCCAUCACAUGUGGAUGUGAGGACACAGGCUAUGUAUCAAAUGAUGGACCAGGGCUUUGUUGGGCUGAUAUUCUCCUGCUUCAUUGAGGAUAAGAACACAAAAACCGGUCGAGUUCUCUACACCUGCUUCCAGUCUGUCCAAGCCCAGAAAGGCUCUGAGUACGAGAGAAUCGAGAUCCCAAUUCAUGUGAUUCCACACGAGGCCAUUGGGAAAGUGUGCCUUGAAUCAGCAGUGGAGCUUCCCAGAAUCCUCUGCCAGGAAGAGCAGGACACCUACAGAAAGAUUCACAGCUUAACUCAACUGGAUCCGAUCACGAAGAUACACAAUGGCUCAGUCUUCACUAAGAACCUGUGCAGCCAGAUGUCUGCUGUGAGUGGUCCCCUGCUGCAGUGGCUGGAGGAUCGUCUGGAGCAGAACAAACAGAACAUAAUUGAGCUGCAGCUGGAGAAAGAGAGACUAACUCAGGAGUUGGCAACCAUGUGAGAGGGAGAGAGUUAAGAAAUAGACACGUGGGCCUACCGAGUGGCGCAGCAGUCUAAAGCACUGCAUUGCAGUGCUUGAGGCGUCACUACAGACCCGGGUUCAAUCCCGGGCUGUGUCGCAGCCGGCCGCGACCGGGAGACCCAUGAGGCGGCACACAAUUGGCCCAGCGUCGUCCGGGUUAGGGGAGGGUUUGGCCGGCCGGUAUGUCCCAUUGCGUUCUAGCGACUCCUUGUGGUGGCCUGGGCGCAGUGCACGCUGACUUCGGUCGCCAGCUGUUCUGUGUUUCUUCCGACACAUUGGUGCUUCUGGGUUAGGCGAGCAGUGUGUCAAGAAGCAGUGCGGCUUGGCAGAGUCAUGUUUCGGAGGACGCAUGGCUCUCGACCUUUGCCUCUCCCUAGUCCUUACGGGAGUUGCAGCGAUGGGACAAGACUAUAACUACCAAUUUGGAUAUCACGAAAUUGGGGAGAAAAAGGGGUAAUGUUGACAUGUUCCUCAUAGUACCAUAGACCUUCUAACACGAGAGCAAGUGACUAAGUGAAUCUCCUCAUUGCUAACUGAAUGCCACCACACACACCUUAGGGAGUGUUUUCCUGUCAUCCUCUGUGUACUAUUAAACACUACUGUAUUUACGA